AUGAAGCAGUUCCUCGAUAUGGGCAGAAUACGGCGUUCAAAACAAGGCGGGGAUGUCUACCAAGACAGCGCGAAGGACAACAGUAUUUUCCUGUCUAGGCAGCAAAUCAGGCAGGACAGAGUAAGGAGGAACCAGGAGCGCGUCCUCAAGGAGUACGAAAUGAAAGAGGCUUUGGAUCAUGCAAGAAAGGAGCAGAAAUUAUUGAAAAUAGUUGCCAACCGAGACUACUUUGAGUCGUCAAGUCAGGACUUGCACGCGUACAACCAAGAUCCCAAGAAAAGGAGCACCUACGAAAAGAUCAAAUUUCACAUCAGCCCUCAUAUCGAGCAGCAACGCUUAGCUCGGAGGCAGCAAGAUAGUUUUGAACGAGAGCAAAGAGUUCGAAUGUCCGAAGAGAAGAAAUGGGAGGAGGAAUAUUUUCGAACUGACGUUCAUCAGAAACGGGUUGAAAGAUACCACGAGUUUGCUAACAAUCUUGAAGAAAAGAGAAUGGCAGAAGCUUCGAGGAGGAUUGAGGUGGUGAACAAACAGAACGCGCGAUAUACGGAUUUUGCCGAGAGGCUUCGCAGUAAGGAGGCAGAAGAUGACGCGAUCCGACUUCAAAAGCUACAAAGACACAAAGUGCGAUACGAUCGAUUCAUCGAGCAGGAGUCAAAGUUUCGAGAACGAUUUUGA